UUGAUCCAGGAAGCGCCAGAAUUCAUUCACAGUGCAGAAGAGCCGAGCGCAGUGAAACGUGGACCUCGUAUAUCUACCGACAGCGAUGAUGAUUUUGUGAAAGUGCACGCAGAUGGAUUACGGGAGAGUGAAAGUAAUGGUGAAGCGGCCUAUGAACAUUUCACUGAUUCGACCGGGCGAACAGACGAAGCGACUGUGCGAGCUCUUCCUAGUGGCAGCAUCCAUGCACGGACUGAUAGGGAAUCAGUGGAAGAUCAGCAGCAAGCGAUAGCCCCAGUUACAUCGGAUAUAUUAAGUGCACAACAAACGAUUCCAGAGUACAGACAAGCUACACCUCUCCAUCCAGAAUUGGGAGCUACACAGAAACCUGAAGAAGGAGCUUUUGAGAUUGUUGGCAAAAUACAAGAACAGCCCGAGGAAUCAGGAAUGACAACAAGAACGGUCCCAGGAACAGCUGAAGGAUACGCUGCACCGAAGGAGCAGUCUCCGUUCCAGAUUAUUAAUGCAACAGCACAGCAAGCUCUGUCUGCUGAAGAAAAUAAACGAUUGGCGGAAGCAGAGAUGUACGUGCAAGAUGCAAUUGAGUAUGUAGCCGCUUACGAGCCUCGCCCGGAAACGUCGACAGGCUUUAUCGUUGAAGAAGAUAUGUUGGAUAGCGUGGCCAGGAGCGAGAGUGCCGCUGCCGCCGCUCUGCAGCCACCUGUUUCCGCCGAAGCAACUAGUGAAAUGAUUGGCACUAAUGAAGUAUUCGAAAAACUGGAGGAGCCGAUGGAACCGGACGAUGCAAUGACCUAUGCCCCCGAAAUACAAUCUAUCGAAAUACCACCCGAUCAAGCGAGCAUUAACAGUGAAAAUUUGUUAGAGUAUUUCGAUCAACUAGCAUUACCACAGAAAACACGGGCCACCAGAAGCUCGCCAAUUUCCAAACCACUGGAAUCCUCGCAGUCGAUCUCAUCGUUACGAAGCACAUCCAGCGGAAGUCAUCGGAUGAGGAAGCAGAGUUCGUUGCUGAGUGUGCUUGGUGUAACAAGUAUGCAGGAGAUGUUGCUUGCUCUCACCUCUCUCCAGGACUUGUCGGAUGCUAUGCGUAAAGCCGGCCUACAGUCCACUAAUCUCAUUUUCGGUAUCGACUACACAGCGAGCAAUAAGUAUCAAGGCGAGCACUGCUUCGAAGGGCGAUCUCUUCAUUCACUGGAUACCCCAACAGGGAAUCCCUACCAGCAGGCAAGUUACAGCUUUGCAACUCUAUAG